AUGGAGAACAGCAGCAAGAUGAGGCCCAUAAAUCAAGCAGGAUGUCAGGACAGCAGGAUAACACAGCUCGACAUAGUCACAAGUAUGUUCCAGAUUAACCUCUGCCACCGCUUCAGUCAAUACCUCUGCUGGGAUGGAACCACUUGGAGCAGUCUGACUCUGGAAGCUGGAAGUCAUGCUUUGGCUGUAAACACGGACACUCGCCUGUAA